AUGUCAAGCCUGAGAACGAGGCUCGGAAAAGGUCUCGGAAGGAACGCUGAGGAGGUCGGGGGAGGUGAGGACAAGGCGAGGGAGUUUCUUGCAGGAAGGCCGCAGGUGGAGGUGGCAACCGGUGGAGGGCGGAUUGAAGUGUGGGGAGCUGGGCUGAAACGACUGGAGGACGCGGAUGUCAGUGCAGCGGUGAUGACAAUAGAGCCCGAGUCCAUGGCCCUGCCCAUGUACUCCAACGAUGAAGAGGUGUCCUAUGUGGUGGAGGGCGAAGCUCGGGCAGGGCUUAUCAGCCCGGAGGGUAUUCGAACCAACGUGAGGAGGCUGCGCAAAGGUGACGCGUUUGCGUUCCCGCGAGGCUGGGGCAGGUGGAUCUGGAACGAUGGGAAGGAGCCUCUGCAAAUCAUAUCCAUUGCUGAUACGUCCAAGGAGGCCCACCGUGGGCGGUACACCGCGUUCAGCCUGGUGGGAGCUCAGAAGGGGAAGUUUGGCGGCAUUCUCCAUGGCUUCAGCCACCGAGUGCUGGCGAGAGCCUGGAACGUGGAGGAAGCAGACGUGGAGAGGCUGCUGCAGGGGCAGAAGAAUGUAGCCAUUGCGAAGGUGGACCCAAGGAAGGUUGCAUCUGCUGAUCCUGAUGCUGCUGCUGAUUUUGUUGCUUCUGCCGCUGAUAACUCGGAAGGCACUGUAGCGUUUGGGGACUUUGCGUACAACCUUAUAGAGGAGCAGGCUACUAUUGAGACACCUGAGGCCGGCACGUUGACCACUGCGGAUGGAUACAAGCUUCCGGUGUUUCGCCAUCUGGGUGUUUCUGCUGCUCGCAUUGACCUGCUGCCCAAUGCCAUGGCAGCGCCUCAUUGGCUGUCCAACUCAGCAGCCAUUCACUUUAUGACACGUGGCAGUGGGCGGUUUGAGAUAGCCUAUCCGGACGGCAGGAAGGCGCUGAGGAAGCGUGUGAAUGCUGGAGAUAUGGUGGUGGUGCCGGCUGCGUUCGCUCAUGCUGUUGAGGCGUCAGGAGAGGGAUUAGAGUACGUUGCUCUUUCCCCCAAGUCCAAGCCCAAGCCUGGCUUUUUAGCCGGCGCAAACUCGGUCUACAGUGCGAUGCCUACCGCUGUACUGAAGGCUGCUUUUAACGUGGAUGAAGCACUGGUGGAGAAAUUGCAAGACUCUAGGGAGGGAGAGUAUGUGAUCCUCUCCCCUGCGAAGGAAAGGAAGGAGGAAGGAGGGCUCUAG